AUGCCCACAAAUCUCCCCUACGGAUUGAACCUUCCGAACAAAAGUCUCGCGGCGAUGAAACCGGGGAAUGCUCUCGCGCAGAAAAGAAAGAACAUUUUUGAUGACGACUCUGAAGAUGAAGACCAGCAAACUGGCGAUGGUGCAGUUGAAAUCUCAACAAUUGGAGGACUAGAAGAGCCAGCUACGAAAAAGAAACCUCUGCCAAGCGCAGGGCCUCCGCCGAAACGCAAAAUUCAAUUCGGUAGCGGUCCCAAACCAACAGCAAAACCGCUCAGCAAGAACUCGCUAUUUGCAGACGAUGAGGAUGAGGACGAGGAAAAAAAAAGAGAGCAACAAGGCGCAAUGAAUCUUGGAUUGAACCAGGCGAAGUCGAACAAGCCAACCGCUCCUGUCCAGAAAUACACCAAUCUCGCGUCCAUGCACAGUAGCAACAUGCAGGCAAAAGCGGCAGAAGAAAUCGACCCACUGAUCUACUCAUACGAUGAAGUAUACGACAGUUUGCACGCCAAACCCGCCAAGGCCUCAGUGGAAACAAAGAGCGAAACACCCAAGUACAUGCAGAACUUGCUACAGAGUGCAGAGAUCCGGAAACGAGAUCAACUGCGGGCUAAGGAUCGCCAGCUAGCCAGGGAGCGUGAAGCUGAAGGUGAUGAGUUCGAGGACAAGGAGAAAUUUGUCACCUCUGCCUACAAGGCGCAGCAAGUGGAACUGCGGAAGGCAGAGGAAGAGGAAGCACGCCGUGAAAAGGAAGAGGAAGAACAACGCAAAAAAAGUGGCGGCUCUGGUAUGAUAGGAUUCUACCGGGACGUUCUGUCGCGAGGAGAAGCACGGCACGAGGAGCUCAUCAAGGCUGCGGAAGAAACUGCUCGCCGCGUCAAAGCAGGCGAGAUCAUCGGGGAGACAGAGGAUCAAGAGGUCAAGACGGAUGCCCAGAAAGCGCAGGAUCUCAAUUCUCAUGGAACUCGAGUUGUUCUGAAUGAUGAGGGCCAAGUUGUCGACAAGCGUCAGCUGUUGUCUGCAGGACUCAACGUGGCACCGAAACCGAAAUCUCAAGCACCUGCCGCCAAAUCAGGAGCUUCAAGACCUACCGCUGGACGACCAAGUGCCGGUGCUGGUUACCAGGGUGGCCGUGGUGCCCAGCGGGCUCGACAGACCGACAUGGUCGCAACCCAGUACGAGGAGCGUGCGCGACAAGAAGAAGAGGCCGAGGCUGCAAAGCAAAAGGAGAUCGCCGAAAAGAGUCGCAGUCGCAAGACCGAGAAAGAUGUGUCCAGCGCUAAAGAGCGGUAUCUGGCAAGAAAGAGAGAACGAGAAGAGGCUGCUGCCAAGGAAAAAUCCAAGGGGGCUUAA